AUGGCGGGCGGCGGGGCUGAGGAGCGGGGCGGGUUGGAAGCGGCUGUGCGGGGUGGGCUGCGCGUCCUGCGGGAGCGCUGGGCGCGAGGGGUCCGCGAACGCGGCGGUACGGCGGAUCCCCCGCGCCCAGCGCUCCCGCAGGACGCGGAGGAGGUGAGCGCCCUGCAGGCGCUGCCGAUCGACGUGCAGCUGAAUAUCAUGUCCUACCUCUCCCCACAAGAUCUGUGUCAUUUGGGGAGCACGAGUAGCUACUGGAGGGCGGCUGUGCGAGAUCCGUUGUUGUGGAGGUGUUUUCUCCUGAAGGAUAUCCCCUUUUGGACAUCUGUUGAUUGGAAGUCGCUCCCAGAUGUGGAGGUUUUUAAUAAAGCCUUUUCAGAGGUCAACGAUGAUGCACUGUAUGAUUACAUGGCAAUAUAUAAGAAAAGCUGUCCUCAGGGUAGAAGAAGCUUGAAAUCGAGCCGUUCCCGGUACGGGGCAGUGACUUCCUUUUUGCAGUCUCUGGUCACUCUGGCAGAACCUCGCUUUGCUAUGUUUGGACCAGGUUUGGAAGAGCUGGAUGACUCUUUAGUGCAAAAGAUGAUGACACGCCCAGACCUUCUGCAGGUAGCUGGCCUACCUCAAAGACAAAUUGAUGGAAUUGGAUCAGGAGUCAGUUUUCAGUUUAAUAACUAUCAAAAAUUCAAUAUUCUGACAUUGUAUUCAACCACCAGUGUGGAAAGGAGGAGAGCAAGGGAAGAGCAAGCUGUUGCUGUGAAUAAGAUGUUCUACCAAGAGAACAGCAUAGUGGGGAAUCAGCAAGCCAUGCACUAUGCUGUAAUAGCUCAAGUGAAAAAGGUGUGCCAAGUAGUUGAUGGAUUCAUUUAUGUUGCUAAUGCAGAAGCUCAUAAAAAGCAUGAUCGUCAAGAGGAACUAGCUCGUAUUUUGGCAAUGAUUGAUCCAGCCCUCGGGCCUCCAAACAGACCUCUGCUAGUUUUGUCUUGUAUCUCUCACGGUGGUGUGAAAAGAAUUCCAUGUGUUUACAUGGCACACCAGUUGCAACUAAAUCUGCUACGUCAACCCUGGAUGGUAAGGGACACUGUAGCUGCAACAUUAACUGGAUUGCUACGUGGAAUUGAGUGGCUUCUGGAAGAAACAAAUAGUAGAAAUUCACAGUAAUGGAACUGUGCAUUGUUUUACUGUACAGAGAUUUUGGUAGUUCAGAUGAAGUGAGAAUCUUGUCCUGACAGCACUGUCAGAAUGGGGAUUUAUAAGGCAAAAUCUGCAUAUAUAUUUCAUAACAUUUACUUCAAUAAUUAGAAUUAUUCCACUUGUAGUCCUGAAUAAGAAGUACAAGUGGAAUUGCUUGAUUUCAGCAGCUGAUGAUCCACUGAUUCUGAGGGGCAAUCUGGGUGUUUUGCUUUUUUUUGUUUCAAGCUGGCAUCUUCAGGGUGCAAACUUUUCUCAGUAUAUCUGAUAAUCUGAUGCCUUCUGUAAAUAUGCCUAAUACUAGGUUAGUUCAUCAACACAGCCUUGAUAGGGCUGUGGUGCACAUCACACCUUUAGUUAGUGUAGUCAGGGGAGAUCUUGACAGUGGCAGUUCCCAACCAAAGAAAAUACACUGUAUGUGGUACUGUAGUAGGUUGACAAAAAGACUAUCUCUUUCAAAAGAGCAAAUUCCUCUGUAUUUUUUUCCAGAACAAAUGCCUAAACAAGAAAUAGUGACUGUGGGAGAGUUGUCAGUCCAGACAGAAACUCUUAGAAGCAAACAAACAAACUACUGUGUAUGAAUUGGUUGCUUCUUAUUUUUUAUUUUAUUAACCAACUGUAACAGACUUGAGCGUCUUCUGCUCUCUGUCGCAGUUAAAUUAUUAGCUAGAAUGGGACAUACCUAUGAUGUGAUUAAUAGAUGUUAAACAGAAUCAUUAGCACAUCAGGACACUUACCGAAUACAUAGGUCUUACCAGUUACUCAACUUGUCGUGGCCAUUUGCAGAUAUGAAAUGUACUCAGCUUGAAAUUUUCUACACAGUUGCAAAUAGUUUUGUAAAAAGUAGUACAGCAUUUUAGAGCUGGAAUUGCAUUUUCCAGAUUGAUGUCCUUUGGGAUAGUCCCAGUCUUUCACAUUUUUAAUGUUUUUUUAACUAUUGGAAAAUUCCCUUACUGGGAAUUUCAGAAACUUGCCUUGGAUUUCUUGCCUAUGCAUGUAUUUGUUUCAUUCUGGGAUUUUUAUUUUUUUUUUCCCUCUCCACAGAAAUUCAAUAGUCUCACAAGUUUUUCAAGAUACCCAGAUAAAUGACUGCAUGGCACACAUUGAGCUGUAACUGCCCUCAAUGUGGUAAAUGUGUGGGAUGCUCAACACAGCUAUGUCAUAACCGUUACAUUUGAGAAGGUGUGUUUUGUUUUGGUGUGGGUUUUUUAAUGAAUUAGGGCAGACACAGGAAUUGUUGUGUUGGGUUUUUUUAUCUUUACACACAAUUAAUUCAGCUUUCUAGAUGUUUUUGUAUGCCUUUCAAUCGGGACAUGGGACUUUCAAGGAAAAAUCUGUGGGAAGCUUAAUGAUAGUUCUUGUAUUUGGGAGAAAAUUUCAUGCUUUGUGACUGGGUGUAUGUUACUUUCCUGCUAGUUCAUAAUAAUUCUGUAAUGAUCUGCCUAUAGAGGGUUGAAUGCAGCAACCUGUUGCUAUGUUAGCUCGUAUAAAUACGUCUUUUUUAUGCAAGACCCUUGUUCUGCUUUCUUCAUAAUGAGUAAAUUAUUUUUUAAAGAAUGGUA